AUGCUUAGUGUUAAACGUUUCGUUACAUUUAUUACAUUUUAUAUAGCACUUGUGAGUGCCUCAGUGGUAUUCCAAACAGAACAAAUUCCUGGAGACACUAAACCUAUUGCAGGUGGAUCUCCAUUAUUACUUUGUGAUUUAGAAGAAAAGCAAUUAUUAGAUAUAUCUUCUGUAGUAUUAUCUCCAAACCCACCAGAACGUGGUAAUGAGUUAGUGAUUACUGCUAAAGGUGAAAUCAAAACUACUAUAAAAGAUGGUGCUUAUGUCGAUGUUGAAGUAAGGCUUGGUUAUAUCAAGUUACUGACACAGACUUUUGAUCUAUGUGAAGUACUUAAGGAAAAUGAUGUAAACGGUUUGACAUGCCCAGUGAAACCUGGUAUUUAUGACUUGGAGAAAAAAGUUGAUAUCCCAGAUGAAGUGCCACCUGGUAAGUACACUAUCUUAGCAAGAGCAUAUACCGCGGAUGAUGAUCUAUUAGCAUGUAUUACAGGUGAGGUUAUCUUCUCAUUUUAA